AAUACAGUGAAACAAGUGUUUGCAGCCGACGUUCCGACGGUUGUCUCUGCUGGCCAAUUUAUGCAACGAUACCCGUUACUCUUUCAUAUGUGUGCAGUCAUGCAGAUCAGGAACUAGCGAGUUCGGACGAAACAGUUAAGAAAAUAAAUGGUGCUUGCUUAGGACGUUUACAACCAAUUCAUAUAAUAUUCGAAAUGUAUCCCUCAAAUUUGGUUCGUUUGAGCACCCCAUGGCCUGGAAAACUACGUCGUGUUUACAAGGAUGGUCGAAUGAGUUGUCGCAGUCUACAGGCAGGAGAUAUUUUGCGGUAAUAAUACGAGUUGCAGAGGAUUUCCCGUUGCUACUGGCAACGUGAAUUAGAACGUGAGUCCAACGAAUGUUCUAAAAUCACCAGACCGAUAUCUUUAGAGAUGACCGAAUCCGAUCCCGUUGGUAGAGAUUUAGCAGAUUAAGUUAUUGGUUGAAAACGCCUAUACACCUGAAGAGAAGAGCUGCACUGAAAAGAUGACACAGGGGCCUUCAUACCGUCUGGAGCAGUUGGCUGACCUGUCUCAUGAGGAUGAACAAGAGCAGAAGAUGCAUGGCCAGCGUAACAAAAAUGGGAAAAAAAGAUUGGUAGACUCAUUAUGAAUGUUUGAUCUCUGAAGAAUGAGGUAUUCAGUUGAUAAUAUAUCGUGUGUACAAUUCGAUGUUUGCCCCUUACACAACAAACCCUAGAAAUUCAAUGUUUGCCCCUUACACAACAAACCCUAGAAGAGGCUAUCCCACUAUCACAACUUACAGAGCAAAGUUCUCACUUGCAAUCAGCAAUAUCUAGUGCCCUCUUGUUUGUUGCAUAAAUGUGUCCUAUAAACAAAGAAACUGGGUGUGUGUGUGUGUGUUUCUGUCUGCUGGCGCACCAGUCUGAGUAUCUGAGUGCAUGCCAGCAUGUCAUCGACGAGCAGGAGGAGGAUCUGCUGGAUUCCACCAAAGACCUGGUCCUUGGAAAAUGAGAGAACAUCUUCCUCCAACACUCCCAAAGAAAGAGGCGGGAGACUGGCCACAACAGGGCUGAGUUGUGGACUCUACAUGGGGAAAGAGACAUGCCACUGAGGAAGUUGGUAGAAGCAGAGAUUGAUGGGGUGGCAGUGGCCACACAGUUGACAGCCCUGAAUGAGGCUAUGGGUGGCGUGAAAAAGACAGAAUCAUUGAGGACAUCAAAGCAGAGGCAAGGCCUACUGGAGAGACUGGCGGACAAAGAAGCGGAAAAAGUGCAUCUUGCUGCAAAACUCAACAACAAAGGAGAUACAGCAGGAGGCACAAAGGAGAUGCAGCAGGAGGAAAUACAGGCCCUGCUGGACCAGCUGGAGGAGCUGAAGCAGCAGAGUGAAGAGAACAAAGAGAGUCUGAAGCAGGCAGACCAAACAAACACAGAGGCAGAGAGCAGAGCACAGUGACGAUUCAACCAGACAGCUCUCUGCAAAGCUGCUGGAGAAGGUCUGACACACACAGGUCCUCAGGCUACUCUCACGGGUUGAUAUGUGGUGUUUGGAUGGAAACAAGGGGGUUGGGUGUGAUCCUGUGAAUUAUAUUAUAUGGGAGGAACACAUGUAGAUACAUUACCAAGCGGUCCAAGUGUCACACUAAACAAGGGGCCCAGGUGUCACACUGCCCUAUGUAUUUGUGUGCCAUCAUUCAGGAGACUAAGGUGGCAGAGGCUCUUUUUUCAGCUGAGAGCUGGUGUUGCCGCCACUCCAAAGUGGUGACCGCAAAGACGCAGCUUGAAGUGGAAAUCACUGAUCUCAAGAAGUGUAUCUCCUACUGCUCCAGCAGGGACUGCUGUAUCUCCUUUGUGCCUUCUGCUGUAUCUCCUUUGUUGUUGAGUUUUGCAGCAAGAUGCUGAGAGCCAGUAAUUGUGACUACCAUGAAGCAUUCAAGACAUGUUUCAUGUGAAUGAUUCAUAAUGGUUUGUCUUUGGAAAAUGCAUCCUGCAGAAUUAUGUUCAGUUUCUCAAAGCUUCAUAUAGUAAUGUGUUUGGUGACUCUGUCCUAUCAAGCUCUCGACACACACACUCACUAAUCGGAUUGAAUAUUCUUAGAAUUAUAUUGUAUGAGCUGUAUGAGUUCUAUUUUUUAUCUUCAGUUGAAAUGUACUGUACUGUUGAACAAUAACAAUAACAAAUGCUUAAAAUGAGAAUGGACAGUCUGGUGUGUUUCACAAACAACAAACUCAGAAAAUGAAGGAAAAAAUCUAGAUAGUUAUCCAGCUUUUACACCCAGUAUUUAGAUUAACAUUGUUCACAACAUGUUACGAUUUUACCCAUUAUGAGGGCAAAGUAGCUUUGAGGAUAAAUAGCCUCGACUCGGAACCAUAGAUUUAUCAGAGCCGGAAAUGGACCACGUCGGAGUUUGACAUUCAGUGGCACUUAUACUGCAAACAGCAGCGAGCCUAAUAAUCACUUAAAGUGUUUGUCGUGUGUUUAUUUACACGCCAAAAUGCCUGCUGAAAGUUUACGAUGGGAUACAUUGGAGGCCUUGAAAAACUCACCAAAGGGAAGACUGAAAUACAACCCAGACUGGCUUGAAAAGGGGGAGGAUAUUUUGUCAGGUUGUAAUGAAGCUCCAAGCUUGUCCCCACUCUCUGGGCUCAUCUUGAAGAGACUUAACAUGAGCCCUCGAGCGCUUCAGAAGACCUGCUCAUUGGGCUCUGCUUCCACUGACCCAAGCACAGGCCUGUCUGAGGAGGCCCCGGUCUCCUCAACCAGCCCCUUCCAUUCAGCCAAUGCUCAGCCCACUCCCCUCUCUUCUCCACUUCUGGUACCCAGGUUGAAGAAAGACACAGAGCAGAUUGUUGGUGAUGAGGACAGUGCCCCAGAUGCCAGCAACAAUCUCAGUCCAGUCACCAACCCCAUUCCUUCUCCCACCAUCUCCCUGCUGUCUCCCAGGGCAACUCAAAUGGAAGGAUGUAUACGCAUUUGUGAGGAGAAACAUCGUGCCAAAGCUAAGAUGGAGCUGAGUCUGAGGCAGGAGCUGCAGGAGAAGCUGGUGGCCUCAGUUGCGAGUCGUGAGUCGGAGCAGCUCAAACGCUUUGAGGAGUUGAUGGAGCUGAAGCAGAGACAGGAGUACCAGAGUAUGAGGGACAUGAUGGACAGAGAAACACAAGAAAGCAUUGGGCGCCAAGAAAAGUUGAAAGAAGAGCACAAGAACAGAAUAAAGAUCCUGAACCUGCGCCUGCGGGAAGCGGAGCAACAGCGUUUGCGGGAGGCGGAAUUUGAGAGGCAGAGACAGGUGGAGGGUAGGGAGAGACUGCGUGCUCUCAAUGCCAUCCAGGAAGAGAUACUUCAACUCAAUCAGCUCCUGGAGCCGGCCGCACCCACCCAGUCAGGCCCCUCUCCUGAUCUCACAUCCUAUAGCACCCGUGCCAACCAGCUAUGCUCCCAGGUGUCAGAGGUGGUGCGCAUGACAGCGGAGGGGGAGUUCCCCAGUGUGGAGGACAUGACGGUGGCAGAGCGGGCACUGCAUGAGAUGAGGUCACUGAUCCGGGUGAUGCAAGAGGCGGCUGCCCAGGCCCAGGAGAAGAGGAAGAAGGAGCAGGAGGAGGAAGAGGAACGCAGGAAGAUGGCAAUGCUGCAGGCCCAACAGGAAGAGCAGAAGAAGAGUGCAGCUCUGUCAGCCAAAGAGAAGGCACGGAAAAAGGGCCUGCAGACCAAAGCUGAGCAGAGCACCCUGAAGUGGUACCAAGAGCUGCAGGACUCCGCUAACCAGUGUGCACAGUCUUUUGAAGGCUUGAACAACACUAAGGAUAUCCAGACAAAGAAACUAAGAAUGGAGCUCCAGAAGGCAGCCACAAUCCCUGUCAGCCAGAUCUCCAGUAUCUCAGGUUCCAAGCUCAGGGAAAUAUUUGACAAGAUUGACAAGCUGUUGUCUGGGAGAUCAGUGGUUUCCGGAGGGAAGUCUGUCUCCACCUCCCAGCAUCCCAACGGCCUGGACUUUGUCAGCUACAAACUGGCCGAGAAGUUUGUGAAACAAGGAGAGGAGGAGGUGGCGUCCCACCACGAGGCAGCCUUCCCCAUCGCUGUGGUGGCCUCUGGGGUGUGGGAGCUUCACCCCAAAGUCGGAGACUUCAUCCUCGCCCACCUUCAUAAGAAAUGCCCCUACGCUGUGCCCCAUUACCCACCUAUGAAGGAUGGCACAUCUGUAGAGGAAUAUCAGAAAAUCUUAGGCUACCGUGUGGAAGAUGGAGGGGUGGAAGCUCAGGACAGCUUUUUGAAGAGGAUGUCAGGAAUGAUCCGCCUCUAUGCUGCUAUGAUACAGCUCAGAUGGCCUUAUGGCUCCAAGCAAGGGCCUGACCCACAUGGGCUGAACAACGGCUGGCGCUGGCUGGCUCAGAUGCUGAACAUGGAGCCCCUGGCAGACGUCACGGCAACACUCCUUUUUGACUUCCUAGAGGUCUGUGGCAACGCCCUGAUGAAGCAGUAUCAGGUUCAGUUUUGGAAGCUCAUUCUACUCAUCCAAGAGGAAUACUUGCCAAGGAUUGAAGCUGUCACCAGCCAAGGCCAGGCGGGCUCAGUCACGAGGCUCAAGCAGUUCCUGGAGAGUUCAUUAAGAAGCAGGCAGAUCCCUCCCCCCAAAGGCCAGCUGAGCUCCCACUUCUGGAGAUCCUGAGUGUGGGAUGGAAGGAUGGGAAAGAAGGUUUUGGACAUGAUGCAUCAGUUGGAUUCAAGGCUGCAUCACCCCAGUCCACAACUCAUAGAAUGCACUAGGUGGAGAAGCUCAGUCUUGAUGUGGAAGUUAUGUUUGCAAUGAUGCACUAUAUCCUGAUCAAUUUGCUUAAUAGUAUGUAUACUUAGUAUAGUUAGCUAAAACCAAAUUAUAACUGGCUUGUAUCGUGACUGCAACAUGAACCAUUUUAUCCAGUCUUCGUGCUACUCCUACUGCAUAGUCAUAUCUGUUGUUUUUCUCCUUACCUUUGUUGAGAACAUUAUACUAUUAGGGUAGUUACGUAGCUUCUUGCUGUACAGUUCAAGGCUUUUUCCCCGAUUUACUGUAAAUGUGAUUAGUUUGCUUUACCAAAUUCAUAUGGUAUUACUUAUUUUAAACUGAGGGUUUUGUUUCUAUUUGUAUUUAUUUUUUGUUGACUGCUUUUAGAUCUUAGUACUCAAUCAUGACGUCCCCUAUUCAAGUCAUUUUGUCAGGGUGGUCAUAAUGGAAUGGAAUCCACCAACAUAUGUUUAUAAUUUGUACAUUGACAUGUAAUUAGCUGUUUUUAUAGUGUGAGGUUUGCAUUUACCACUCUGUUAGUGCUGAGCUUGUACCAAACCGUUGAGGCUGCGUUCACAGGCAGCCCAAUCACAGAUCAUAAUUGGGAUGCCUGUCUAAAUGCAGUCUUGAGUGAAAUGAAUAAUACAGGUGUAACUUGUAAAAUAACAAUGUACGGUGUUACGGAAUUAAAACAUACUUUUUUUAUUUAACCUUU